UUCUUCCCUCCUUACUCAUUGCUUUGCUUAUUGUUCUUCCCUGCCUGGAGAAUAAUAAUAUGGCAAAAGCUGCAAAUCAGCCAUUGUUUCCUCUGCCUUUUCUAGUCAUCUUCUUGAUUUUCUCAAUGAUUUCUGGGUUUGGAAUAACUCUCUCUGAGGCAGUUAACAAUACCAGAUACUUCAAAUGGGAGGUUGAGUACAUGUUUUGGUCCCCGGACUGUGUCGAAAACCUCGUCAUGGGAAUCAAUGGCCAGUUUCCCGGGCCAACGAUUAGAGCCAACGUUGGCGACACCAUCAUUGUAGAGCUGGUUAACAAGCUCUUCACUGAAGGUGUUGUUAUUCAUUGGCAUGGAAUCUUGCAGAGGGAAACUCCCUGGGCCGAUGGCACUGCUUCCAUCUCGCAAUGUGCCAUUAAUCCAGGUGAAACCUUCAUUUAUCAGUUCAAAGCAGAUAAGCCUGGGACAUAUUUCUAUCAUGGCCAUUUGGGAAUGCAGAGAUCGGCAGGGUUGUAUGGAUCCUUAAUAAUAGAUCCAGAAGAAGGAAAGAAAGAGCCUUUCCAUUAUGACGAAGAAAUCAACUUAUUGCUUAGUGAUUGGUGGCAUAAAAGUGCUCACAAGCAAGAAGUUGGCCUCAGCUCCAGCCCAAUGCGUUGGAUUGGUGAACCCGAGACCAUACUGAUAAAUGGGAGAGGGCAGAUCAGUUGUUCAAUUGCAGCUAAAUACAACAAGAAUUUGGAGCAAUGUAAGUUGAAAGGAGGUGAACAAUGUGCACCAUUUAUCCUCCAAGUCAAACCCAAGAAGACUUAUAGGAUAAGAAUUGCAAGUACCACUUCAUUGUCUGCCCUCAACUUAGCCAUUGGGAAUCACCAACUGUUAGUGGUAGAAGCCGACGGUAACUACGUUGAGCCAUUUGUAACCUCCGAUAUCGACAUUUAUUCCGGCGAGUCCUACUCCGUCCUCAUCACCACCAACCAAGACCCAGCACAGAACUACUGGGUUUCCGUCGGCGUCCGUGGGCGGCUUCCCAAAACGCCGCCUGCACUGACUCUCCUCAAUUACCUCCCGAACUCCGUCGCCAAAUUACCCGUUUCUCCGCCGCCAGAAACCCCCAAUUGGGAGGAUUACGCCCGAAGCAAAAACUUCACAUACAGAAUCUUAGCCGCUAUGGGCAGCCCAAACCCACCGAUCAAAUUUAACCGCCGCAUCUUCCUUCUAAACACCCAAAAUCGAAUGAACGGCGGCUUCACAAAAUGGGCAAUCAACAACGUCUCUUUAUCCCUCCCCUCAACGCCGUACCUUGGCGCCAUCAAAAUCGGGCUAAACAACACCUUCAACCAAAAUCCCCCACCGGAAACAUUCUCGGAGGAUUACGACAUCUUCAACCCACCGCCAAACCCGAACACGAUCACCGACAACGGCGUUUACAUGUUCAAUUUGGGGGAAACGGUGGAUGUGAUUCUACAAAACGCUAACACAUUGAACGACAAACAUAGUGAGAUUCACCCUUGGCAUUUACACGGGCAUGAUUUUUGGGUUUUGGGGUAUGGAGAGGGGAAAUUUUCCGCCGCCGUGGAUGAGAAGAAAUUGAAUCUGAAAAACCCACCGUUGAGGAACACGGUGGUGAUAUUCCCAUAUGGGUGGACGGCGAUUCGAUUUGUGGCGGAUAAUCCAGGUGUUUGGGCGUUUCAUUGUCACAUUGAACCACAUUUACAUAUGGGAAUGGGGGUUAUUUUCGCCGAAGGAGUUCAUAAGGUUGGAACAAUUCCGACGAAGGCUCUGGCUUGCGGCGGCACUGCGAAAGUGCUUAUUAAUAACCCUACCCAAAAACCCUAGAAUGGGAAUCCUAGAAUACCCUUGAAAAACCACAGAUAUGUGGUUCUUUAGGGUUUAUGGAAGUUUUCUUGUCUUAUGUUUAUGAGCACCUUUUUUUUUCUUAAUAAAAUUUGGCUGGUUGUAUUUCGAAGUUUCUUUUCAAGUUUGAUUCAUGUACUUUUAAAUAUUCAUAAAUAUAAUCUC